AUGGUUACUUCAGAAUCGGAACACCGCCCAUUGAACGUUCUCAUAUCCGGAGCGGGCAUUGGUGGUCUUGCAGCGGCAGCAGCGUUGAGGCAAGCUGGGCAUCUCGUACAGGUAUUCGAGCGUUCAAGCUUCAAGAACGAGUACGGGGCUGCCGUCAGCAUCUCUCCCAACGCCAAUGGCAUUCUGCGUGAGCUAGGAUUGGCCCUUGAAGAUGUCGGCGGCGUGUACGCCGCAAAGAUCAAUGAAUACGGUGCCGACGGAGCACUUUACCGCACCACCGAUGCAGCAGGAUUAGCACAGAGAUACAAAUAUCCCUGGCAAUACGUCCACCGCGUCGAUCUCCACAGCGGUCUGAAAGACAUCGCCACCUCCCCCACCGGCACCGGCACCCCCGUCACCAUCCACCUCGGCCACCGCGUCUCCUCCGUCGAUAACGACACCGCCACCCUCACACUCGAGAACGGCGACCGUAUCCACGGCGACCUCGUCAUCGCCGCCGACGGAGUCAACUCUGCCCUCCGCGACAACGUAGACCACAGCGGCAUCCACCCCUCCCCCUUCGGCCUCUCCAGCUACCGCUUCCUCAUCCCCGCCGACAUCCUCUACGCCGACCCCCAAACCCGCCGCUUCAUCGAGACCGGCGAGUUCGAGCUCUGGAGCGGCGGCAACAACAAGCUAGUCCUGUACCCGUGCCGCGACGGCAACGUGCUCAACUGCGCCUUCCUCAUCACCGACGACAACCCACAGGAAAACAAGAAAGAAAUGACCCCCGAAGCCAUGAAGCAGAUAGUGCUCGACAUCGUCAAAGACUGGCACCCGGACAUCACCGCCCUAAUCAACAAAGUCGACCCCUCGGCCAUGGGCUACUGGCCCCUCUACGACAUGCCCACCCUACACACGUGGAUCAGCGGCCGCACCGCCCUUCUCGGCGACGCCGCCCACCCCUUCCUGCCCUUCCAAGGCCAAGGCGCCGCCCAAGCAAUCGAAGACGCCAUCGCGCUCGCCGCCCUCUUGCCCCUCCCGCAGACCUCCCCCACCGACGUCCCAGAGCGCCUACGGCUAUACCAGCAGGCGCGCUUCGAGCGCGUGGGGCUGAUCCAGCAGCACUCGCGCGAAGUCGGCAGGGAGGACCAGGAGGUGACGAGGACGAAUAACGGCACGGCGUUCCUGUACAUGGACUACAAUUUUGGGCAUGAUGCGCGGGCGCAUGCGGCGGGGCUGCUGGCGGCGAAUGCGGGUGCGCAGAUGCAGAGUGUUUGUUAG